CCCCUCCCGCCCCCGGGGAGCAGAUCCCCCUGACCUAGACUCCGUUUUGCUGUGGCCCCAGGGCUGGCUGAUUUCCCAGAACGGAUGCACCUGCUCACACUGUCCCGGGGGCUUACGCGGCUCCUCUUUGUCGCUUUCCUGCAGGCCGCCUCCCCCAGGGCUCAGCUGCUGGCUGCCAGGCCUAGGUGCCCAUGACGCCUAUGCUGGCCACUGCCCGGACACCGCCGCUGCCACAAGCUAGCCCCAGCGCGCCGGCCCCAAUGCCGGUCAUGCCCAUCCCGCGGCGGGUGCGCUCCUUCCACGGCCCGCACACCACCUGCCUGCACGCGGCCUGCGGGCCGGCGCGCGCCUCCCGCCUGGCGCGCACCAAGUACAACAACUUCGACGUCUACGUGCGGGCGCGCUGGCUCUACGGCUUCAUCCGCUUCCUGCUCUACUUCAGCUGCAGCCUGUUCACGGCGGCGCUGUGGGGCGCGCUCGCCGCCCUUUUCUGCCUGCAGUACCUGGGCGUGCGCGUCCUGCUGCGCUUCCAGCUCAAGCUCUCGGUGCUGCUGCUGCUGCUGGGCCGCCGGCGCGUGGACUUCCGCCUCCUGAACGAGCUGCUCAUCUACGGGAUCCGUGUCACCGUGCUGCUGGUCGGGGGCCUGGGCUGGUGCUUCCUGGUCUUCGUGGACAUGUGAGGGGCCCCGGCGGCCUCGGCUCUGGGGUUUGCCCGGCCCGUGGUGGUGGCUGCGCCCGUGGGCGUGCGCUCCCGGAUGGCGGAGGCCAGGGUCCCGUUCUUCUCCACCCGUCUCCCGGACGGGGUCUGCUGUCGGGUCUGCCCCCAGCACACGGGGGAGGGGGGCUGAGGCUGCUCCCUUAAGGGGCCACUGGGGCCCCCUCCGCUGCUAGUUUUCUGCUCUGACCCCACUGGUGUGCCCCCGGAGGCACAGCGCCUCUCAGCUGCCAGCCUCUGCUUCCAGCUCCCGCUUUGCCAGGGUGGCCCCGUUGGUCCGUCUGCCCUUGAGGAGCCUGUGUGUCCCUGUUUCCUGUCCGGCACAGUGUCAGCAGUGGUGUGCAAGUCCCUCCCGGCAGGCCCCGCCGUCCUGUCCCAGCAACCCCCGGCCCCUGUCCCAGCCUUAGGGAAGCGUCGGGCUCCGCUGGCUGAUGUGUCUCACUGCCACGAGGCCUGGCUCUGCCCUGGGCCGCUGAAUCUGGGGACUGCUCGCGCACUCCCGUCUGUCACCCUGAGAGGCGCAGGCGGUCCUGAGUCCCAGGCCAGGCUCCAGGGUCUUGGUGGUUUCCUAGGUGCAGUCCAGUGGGGGCUGCAGGCAGCCUUGGCAGCUUCCGGGGUCAGGGGCAGGGCCGGAUCCGGGGAGGUCUGUCUCCCUUGUGGAUGGGUUUGUCGACCAUGUCAAGCUGGAUGUCAUAGUCUCUUCAAGUGUGGAUUUCUGAGGAAGAGCUUAACUCCUGGCCUGCCGGGGGAGGGGCUCUGGCCUCGCUUCCUUGGAGGGGUGGCUGGAAGUGAAACGCCGUGUUUGGAGCUGAUGUCAGAGGCCUGAGCGCGCACCCCGGAAGCAGGAGCUAAGCUUUUGUUUAAAAAGCACCUCUUAGAGUUCGAGGGUGCCCCGGGUGCCCUGGGGCCGGGCCUCUGAGCAAGGGGCCGGCCGCUGUCACAUGCUCCUGCCCUGUUGGCCGCUGGAGCAGCUGUGGAGUGAAAGCAGAAAUGCGUGUGGGGCAGGAGAGAGCAGAGGGCUGGUGGGCCAGCGGAGCCGAUGUGUUGCCCAGACCCCUGGCUUUGGCCUUCUCUGUCAGAGGACAGGGUGGCCGGGUGGCUCAGGAGUCCCUGUGGGUUUCUGGGCAAGCGAGAACGCACCUUACAUAAUCAUGCUUUGACUAUAGGCAGAGACCUGGGACAGGACUCAGCCCCAUCCCGGGGGCCGCCAGACCCACGCUGCACCCCAGCCUGUGCCCACCCCCACCCCUGGGCAUGGGCAGUGCCCCUCUGCCCCUGCCUGGCCGGGCAGCCUGGUGGCUGGGGACUGUCGGGUGGCGCUAGGAGAAAUACCCAAGUGAGGUGGAGAAAGCAAGGUGCUCGGCUGCACACGGCGCUCUGGCUCUCGGCCAGCUUCCCGACCACCCACCCGAGGGCCUGGGGAGGCGCCUUGACCCGGUUCUGUCCCCCAGACGGCAGGCGGGGGGCUGACCCGGUGCACCCCGUUCCCAGUGCCGCAGAAUCUUUUGCACUAAGUCAUGCUAUUUCCUCAAAGUGUUGUCCCGUGUGAAUUGGCUCGGAUCCCCCAGAGCUCCCGUCGGAGGGGGGGUGCGCGCGCCCUGUGAAGUCAGGACGGCAGGGGGUGGGGGGGCCGUGCCACCUCGGGGGCGUGAGAUGGCGUGCUGAACACAGGGCUGGUCCGGGUCUCGAGUGCCUGUUCUUUACUGAAACGAGCCACCUGCAUUAAACUUAUUUUCUUACCGUG